AAAGAGAGUGAAACGUCGCCUUAAAUGGCAGUAUAAUGUAACCUAUGCUUUGCAUUCUAGUUUCUGAUACGGCAAAGAUUGGAAAAAAGAAAACUAGCAAGACAGCAAUAUCAACCAACGAUAAUGAAAAUGAAACAAAUACAGUUAUGGAUGAACAAAUAACUCCUUCAUCAAUAUCGACAAGUUUAUAUACUAAGUUGGCGUAUACUGUUUACCUAAUAUUUUUUUGUUCAGUCAAAAUUCUUGAACUCAAACCUGUUCAGAGUAGGUGCAAAAUUUUCCCCUGCUCUCAAAAAUAUGUAUCGAAACUAAGGGUGUUAAUUUAGUGUAAUUUUAGAAAAUAAAUAUAAAUAGGUGAAAAAAAUUUAUCUUUAUUUUUACAAAGAUCAUUUACUUUUAUAAAAUAAAGAGAAAUUUUUUUCUCAUGUAUUUAUAUUUACUUUUUUAAAUAUAAAUGAUGAAUUUAUAUUUAUCCAUUAUUAUAAAUGAACAAUAAAACUAAAGUAACAUCUCUAAUCGAAAUCACUCACCUUCGAUUCCUUCGAACAACAGUAUAUUAGGUGAUCUGGCCAGUAUUGCGCUGAACUUUCUCUUUUGUUGACAGCCCAUUCUUUCUGUCUUGCUAAUUUAGUUCAAGAAAACAACGAUGAAUUAGCUGAAACGCAAACAUCAUUUCGGAUCAAUGACCUUGCAACGACUAAGCUUGUUGGUGUUGUUACACCAGUUACAACUACAGGCAUGGUUCAGGAUUCCACUAAUACAAAAUUUAUAUCAUUGAAUGACGCUUUACGUCCAAUUAAAGAAGAAAUUCGCCAAGUAGCGACUGUUGUUAGUGAUAUUGAUGUACGUUUACGCGAAAUGCAAACAUUAAAAGUAAAUGAAGUUAAUCAAAUACCAAAAAAACUUGAUAAUUUAGCCAAAGUAGCACAAAAUAUAGCAGAAAAAGCUGAUCCGACCAUCUCUAAUCCUAACUCAUUAACAAAACAAUCAAACAAUAAUAAACAAAUGAUUGUAAAUGGAAUUGAUAUGUUGAAACUGAUUAAAAAAGGCACAAAGGCAACUGCAUUUGCUUGUGUUGUUGCUCGACAUUUAUUUUCAAAAGAAAUAUUGUCAGGAGCAAUUUAUGAAGAUAAAAAUAUAGAACGUUAUUCAUUUAUAAUGAUUAAAAAACUUGAAUUGUUACCAGAUCUUUUUGGUUUAGAUGGUAAGGCUGAUGAUAAUGAAGAUCCAGAAGAUGAACAAGAUAACGAAGAAGUUGAACAAAAUGAAGAAGAACGAGAAGUUGAACAAGAUGAAGAGAAGAUGAACAAGAGGAUGAUAGUGGUAAUAUCGAGAAUGCAUUGGAUAUCUCAUAUACAAGGCUGUCCUCGUCGUGUUAAUCAUGCAGCUGUUGCCUACUCAGAUUUUAUUUAUUCAUUUGGCGGCUAUUCAAAUCAAGAGGAUUUUACUAAUCCAGUACCAAUUGAUAUUAAUGUUUUGCAGAUUCAUACGUUACGAUGGUACACAUUACCAAUACCAUCCAAAGAAGAUGAACAAUAUAAACUCACACCGUAUAGAAGAUAUGGUCAUACAUGUGUCUUAUAUAAUCAUAAAAUUUAUUUGUGGGGUGGUCGAAAUGAUGGACCAGGUGCUUGUAAUAAGUUGUAUUGUUUUGAUCCAUAUCGUCGUCAAUGGUCAAUUGUACGAAUUAAUGGAUUUGUUCCGGAAGCUCGGGAUGGACAUUCAGCAUGUGUUAUCAAAGACCGAAUGUACAUAUUUGCCGGAUUUGAAGAACCCGGAAAUCAUUUUUCAAAUGAUUUAUUCUAUUUUGAUUUUAUAUCAUUAAUAUGGCACAAAGUUCUGACACCAAAAUCUCCUUCCACUCCUAAAUGGCGUGAUUUUCAUACAUCAACAUCUAUCGGUGAUUUAAUGUACGUAUUUGGCGGAAGAUUUGACAUUGCUGGUCAUCAACAUUCUGGUCAAAAUUACUACGAAAAUAAACUGCAUGUAUACGAUUCUGUAAAAAAUACGUGGACAGAAAUAUUUACAAAUGGUCAGAUACCCGGUGGAAGAAGAUCACAUUCGGCAUUCUCCUACAAAGAUAAACUAUAUAUAUGGGGUGGUUACAAUAGUAUAGAAGGUAAUCAUUACAAUGACUUCUAUGAAUAUUCACCCGAAACACAAACAUGGGCACAAUUAAAACCAAAUGGCAUGCAACCCAAAGUUCGCAGACGUCAAUGCUGCGUUGUUAUUGGAUCAAAAAUGUAUCUAUUUGGUGGAACAAGUCCCAUCUCGGCAACAAUCCAAGCAACAUUGAAUGCAAUUGAUAUUGAUCAGUAUGGAACAACUCUAGUGGAUCAGAAUGAUUUAUUUGUUCUCGAUUUUAGUAAAAUUCAGUAUUAG